UAUUGUGCGUGACGUUCCGUCGGGUCCGUACACCGUACAUGUGCUAUUUCCGGGCUUGUGGUGCCGGUGUCAUUGGGAAGUUCAGUGGCGGUGCGGACCAUGCCUGUCAGGGUGCUGUCCCUCCGGCGGCUCCUGUAUCCCCUGCGGUACCAGGCGGGAGGCGCUGCCCCAUGGCGGGCUGUCAGUACCGGCUGGUCCCCUGUGGGAGCCGCCUUCAAUGUGAAGCAGCAGCGCAGGCUGGAUGUGUUCGGCAAGAACUCGGGUCUGUUUGGAGUGCCCGAACUGAGUUCCCCAGAGGGUUUCCGGACAGUACAGGACAAUGCUCUUCAGAAAACCGAGUCCCUGGUACAGAAGGUGUGCUCCAUUCCACCCAGUGCGGAGACUGUCAGGAUAUUUGACCAGCUUUCUGAUGAGCUCUGCAGGGUUGCUGACUUGGCUGAUUUUGUGAAGGUUGCCCACCCUGACUCUUCCUACAGAGAAGCUGCUGAGGAGGCAUGCAGGAACAUAGGUACCAUGGUGGAGAAGCUGAAUACAAAUACAGAUCUGUGCCAAAGUUUAAGAUCACUUCUGGGAAAUAAACAGGUUAUGGAUUCACUGGACCCUGAAACAAGACGUGUUGCUGAACUGUUUUUGAUUGAUUUUGAGAUAAGCGGAAUUCAUCUGGAUGAGGAAAAGCGGAAGAAAGCAGUAAACCUGAAUGUGCUUAUAGCCGACCUGAGUAGCGAAUUCCUGCUAGGAGCCAAUUUGCCCAAUCGCAUUGACAAGCAGGCCUUGCCUGAGCACAUUCACUCCCACUUCCCCUGGGAUGGAAGAUAUAUACAAGUCAGUGGUCUACACGCAGAUUCACCUGAUGAUCUGGUACGAGAAGCUGCCUACAAGAUUUUCCUUUAUCCCAAUGCCAACCAGCUGGAGUGCUUGGAGGAACUGCUUGCUAGCAGAAAUUCCCUGGCACAGCUUGUGGGAUACCCCACGUUUGCACACAGGGCGUUACUAGGGACCAUGGCCAAAACUCCAGAGACAGUGCGAAGGUUUCUUGAAAAAUUAUCAGAUAAAUUACAUGAUCGCACUUUGAAUGAUUUUGAAAUGAUGGCUGGAAUGAAGAUGAAGCUAAAUCCUGUGAGUGGGGACCUAAUGCCAUGGGAUCAUCCAUACUACAGCGGUGUAUUACGAGCAGAGAGGUAUAACAUUGAGCCCAGUUUGUAUUCUCCAUUUUUCUCACUGGGUGCCUGCAUGGAGGGGCUGAGCUCCCUCUUUAACCAACUUCUUGGAAUCUCCCUGUUUUGUGAACAGCCAGAGAAGGGCGAGGUUUGGUGUGAAGAUGUCCGUAAGCUGGCUGUUGUACAUGAAGAGGAAGGGCUGCUGGGAUACAUUUAUUGUGACUUCUUCCACAGAUCAGACAAGCCCCCCCAGGACUGUCACUUUACCAUUCGGGGAGGGCGACUGAAAGAGAAUGGAGAAUAUCAGCUGCCUGUGGUUGUUUUGAUGCUAAAUUUUCCUGAAUACAGCAAGAAGGCGCCUACCCUGCUCACUCCUGGUAUGAUGGAAAACCUGUUCCAUGAAAUGGGCCAUGCAAUGCAUUCCAUGCUGGGGCGGACACGCUAUCAACAUGUCACUGGGACCAGAUGUGCCACUGAUUUUGCCGAAGUCCCUUCUAUCCUGAUGGAAUACUUUGCAAGUGAUUAUCGAGUAGUCAACCAGUUUGCCCGCCAUUACCAAACUGGACAGAUGCUGUCAAAGCCUAUGGUUUCUCGUCUGUGUGAGUCCAAAAAAGUCGGAGCAGCAUCAGACAUGCAGCUUCAGGUGUUUUACGCAAUGUUAGAUCAGAUUUUGCACAAUGAACAUCCCCUCAAAGGUUCUACAACUGACAUAUUAAAAGAAACACAGGAAACUUUUUAUGGGUUACCAUACGUACCACAAACAGCUUGGCACUUGAGGUUUAGUCACCUGGCAGGCUACGGGGCAAAGUAUUACUCCUAUUUAAUGUCCAGAGCUGUGGCUUCCAUGGUGUGGAAACAGUGCUUCAUGAAGAAUCCAUUUGAUAGGGCAAUGGGGGAGCGAUAUCGCAGGGAGAUGCUGGCACAUGGAGGAGGAAAAGAGCCCAUGCUCAUGGUUCAAGGCAUGCUACAGAAGUGCCCGUCGGUGGAUGACCUGGUGGAUGCCCUCGUUUCCGAUUUGGAUCCAGACUUCGAAACCUUCCUUAUGGAUUCUGAGUAGGAGAAUGCCAACCUUGUCAGGAAAGUUGGCAGCACCCUGGGGCAUUUUCUUUUUAAAUAAACUGUUUCUGGGAAGUUACAUAUUUUGGCUGAAACAAAUAAGAAUAUGUCCAACGAACCUUAAUUCUUAAAACAUGGAAGGAUAUUCAAGACUAAGGGUUAUUUCUAGAGCGGGAUUCUCAGCUUUAUUCCCCAAGGUCUCUUCUGUGUCUCUGCCAAUAUUAUACCCAGGGUGCAGACAUACAGUGAUAUAUUCAUUGUCAAAUUGCCUGUCCAAACAAAAUGGAAGCACCGGGAAUGGCAGGUUUUAUGCUUGUGAUACAGAGGAUAGGCUUUAGGCUCGUGGCACAUAUGACAUUUCCUACACUGAUAUUUUUAGGCAGAGAAGAGAUGCUAAGAUCUGGCCAAUAACCAUUGGUGACAGGUUUCUAUUAAAGAAAAAACAGGUCACAUUCAUGGUUCUGGUGAUUUGUCGGUGACAAUACAGCAUGAGAGCCAUUUUAGUUUGAAACUAUGAGUCAGGAACCAUUUCAGAUCCUUCCAUGUCUAGAGAGAAGGGACCUCCCAUGAACUUAGGGUGAGCACCAAAGUUCAGCAAUCAUUGUUCCAUAGAAUAAAAUAGAGUUUAUUGGCCACUUUGGCUAUGCACAUUGGUCAGUACAGGCCCAGAUCAGAUGUUCAGCAGUCACCUGAGUGGUUUGCUGUUUUACAUACUGACGGUAAUAGCCACCAGCAGCAAGGAGCCUACCAACAUGUCCAUGCAAGGAUCCAAGCAGAUCCACCUUGGAAAUGAGGGGCUUUUGGGGCAAUUUAGUUAGUGUUUGGCCAGUUAUAUUUGAUCAUGUGUACCCAACAUCAAGCUUACAGUACAGGUGUGAAUUCUUUAUAUACUGGGAUUGUUCAGACUUUUUUUUUAACUGUGCAUUUUAAUGUCUUAUUAAUGAAAAAAGUGACCUUUUCUUAAUUUAUUUUUAUAUGCUGCUGUGUUGCUUUCUGUGUUGUGUUCCUACUCGAGUGAAAACAUCUCAAUAAAUAGCCAUUUAAAUGCAUUUUGUAUAGAGAUAAUAUCCACAGAUCCAUAACCCAUGCUUGUGUGCAGCUCUAGACAUGUUUAUUAAAUGAACCGUAACAUCAAAAAGUAAAAAUGAUUGCUUUUACAUUUAAA